AUUAUAUUAAAUGCAAAAAGGAAAAUUACUAUAAGAUAUUCACUGUUAUAUUGAUUUUUGGAAAUUCCUCUCUUCUACCAAUGUAAGGAAAGCAUCAAGAUAUCAAUUGAAUAAAGCGGUAUUGGUAGGGCACUUUUCCUUAAUUUUCUUAUUCUUAUUAUUUUUUCCUGACAAUACGUUCUUUAUGAAUGAAAAUCUACCCCACAUAAGGAUAUAUUCACCAAAAAGGUCGUUUGACAACAAUAAUACAGGUAGACAGGAUGAUCAAUUAGUUGCUACAAAUAAAAAUGUGACAGGUGCAAAACGACAACCUGAUCGUCAAAGUUCUGAAGUUGAACGUAGCUCAAGUGCACGAAGUCAUUUUACUUCCACCAAUUCAGAGUUUCUAAAUAAUAGUUCAAGAGAUGGAUUAAAUUUAUUGGAUCCGCUGUCGCAGCAUAUAAUGAGCCGUACUCGCUCAAGCAACAGUCCAUCUAAAGGAAGCGUACAAAACCAAUCAAUAGCAUCUCCACGUACAUCCUUCAAUAAUACGGAACGAAGAAAUCAGAAAUAUUUAUCCUCUGGAUCCGAAAAUGAAGCAAAUAGCACCGGUAAUAUACCGGACGUAGAACCAGUUCAGUCGCGGCCAGCUAAUGGCCGUAGGUCUUCUAUUUUUUCACGGAUCCUUGGAAACAAAUCAGGAAUUUUUAAUAGUCGAAACCUUGAAGAUUACGCUGAGGAUGAUGAUAAAGAUGCUGUAGAUGGAAUUUCAAGAGUAGAAGGAAAUGCAGCUGACCCCUUUCCUUGGAUUCCUAAAGAAAAAAACCGGUGGGAAGGCCCUUCAAAGUAUAUUCGCGUUCGUUCUCAUAAAACAAAACAAAAAUCGUUUGGUCAUUUAUUCUUAGCUCAAGAACUUCAUUGCAAACCAGCAAUGGCAAGUGAAUAUAACCAUUAUUAUAAUGCUACCCCUAAUCCAAUACCUUCUUCAUCUGAUAUUCCUCCUAUGACUUCCUCUUCUCAAUCCGCCAUGCAGAACAUCGAAGACUCUCAACAUGACAUAGGUCUUUCUGAUGACAAUCCUUAUGUUGAUGAAAUGCACCCUCAUUAUCGCCCUUCUUAUACUCACCGCCCAAACAAAGAACCAUCCAUACAUUCCACCACGCUUGUUCAAACCAUAAAAGAAGACGAAAAUCCACUGAACUGUGCAAUAUGGGCUAUGAAAUUUAGCCGUGAUGGCCGUUUUCUAGCUGUCGGAGGGCAGGACAACAUUCUUCGAGUUUGGCAAGUCUUAGAUAGAGGCCAAGAUAAUGUUAAGGCCGACCCUUCAUUAGACCCGGGAAAAUUGAAGUCGAAACUUGAUUUAGGGGCCCCUGUUUUCUCCUCUACCCCUGUUCAACAGUACGUAGGACACACUGCAGAUAUUUUAGAUAUUUCCUGGAGCAAAAACAAUUUUUUACUUAGCUCAUCCAUGGACAGAACUGUCCGUUUAUGGCAUCCUCUUCGUAAAGAUUGCCUGUGUUGUUUCGAACACUCUGAUUUUGUCACCUCAAUAGCUUUUCAUCCAAAGGAUGACCGUUUUUUUCUUUCUGGGUCCUUAGAUUGUAAAUUACGUUUAUGGUCAAUUAAAGAUAAAAACGUAGCACAUUGGAACGAGUUACCAGAAUUGAUCACAGCUGUUGCUUUUAGCCCGGACGGGGGCUUGGCAAUUGCUGGAACAUUUGUUGGUUUGUGCUUAUUUUAUGACACCAGAGGGCUUCGUUUUCGUACUCAAAUGCAUAUUCGAAGUUCUCGAGGAAGAAACGCGGGGGGAAGCAAAAUUACGGGUAUAGAAACUCGCACACGAAUAAUUGAAAAUAUUGCUGGCGAUACAGAGAUGCUUGUAACUACAAAUGACUCUCGGAUUCGAGUAUAUAAUCUUCGUGAUAAAAGUUUUGAAAUUAAAUUUAAAGGUCAUCUAAACGAACAAAGUCAGAAUAAGUCCUCUUUUGAUGAAGAACUAAAACAUGUAAUAUGUGGUAGUGAGGAUCAUCAAGUUUAUAUUUGGAAUGUUCCAACGCCGCAUAUGCAGAAAAGCAAGAAACAAUGCUAUGAACAUUUCAAAGCUUCUUUAAGACCGAUUACUACUGCGAUUUUUGUUCCAAGCCGUACAAAGCAACUACUGUUAUCGGCUGGCGAUCCACUUUAUGCUGCAGCAAUCACAGCACGACGGACUUCAUUUAGCUCGGAGGCCUCAUUCGAUCCUUCAAGGCUAACAAAGAAUUUACAAACUUCAAUAAAUUCUCUUCCACAGGAGCUGAAUAAUGGUCAUAUUAUUGUAUGUGGGGACUUAGACGGCCGCAUUAGGGUUUUUCGCCAGGAUUGUUCUUUCGAAGCUAGAAAUUCCCAACGGGAAAUAAACCAUGAGGGUUUUAGUUUACCUUCUUUCGUAAAGAACAGGAGCAACAACAAUUCUAUUCGUAGCCUUAAAAACAAGUCCUUACCAUUAAGUAGGUCGAGACAUCCUUCUGUCUCAUCUAAACAGACUUCGCAGAAAGCGGAGAAACGUGAGAAUGAGGAUGAGGAUGCACGAAGUGAGACGACGACAGAGGAUCAAGAAAGGGUUCUAGGUACGGAUGAUUCUGAAGCAAUAAAGCGUGUUGAUAUGAUGAUGCUACAAGAAGGGGCUUCUUCUAUGGCUUACUACUCAAUGAACGAUUUGGACGUUAACAAUACCAACGUUUCAAGAGCCUUGAAUUAUGCAAAGCAUGAUGGGACUAAAAAAGAAGAUGUCGAGCAGCCUGAUCCUGUAAAGGUUGCUUCAUCUUUAGCACCUUCUUCCAAGGAUGAGAAUAAUCGGUUUAUGAUUGACAGGGAUCGAAUGGAGUGCGCCAAAUGCGGUAACUAUUUAUUUUACGUAUAUAGGAAAUUGCGAGAUAUAAAUUCGUUUGCAUACUCAGUUACGUGCUCUCACUGUGGUCAAAAAUUGUAUGCACCUACUGAGGAUUACAAGGAUGAUUGAGUCGUUUUUCUCAGUAAAAGCUUCCAAAACUUACACUAGGAAGUCAAAGAAAAGAAAAGCUUUGGUAAUAUUCAAAAGCUGAGUGUUUUUGUAUAUAUUUACAAUUCAUUUUUUGCUUGCCUAUUUUAUAAAUAAAUGAGGAGCCUUACCGCUAUUCUCGUCUCUAAACUAACGAUGAUCGAGCUUAUUGACUGUAAUAAUUUAUAAACCAGAUUCAAUGUUGAAUUACUCGAGACGAACGGUGCAUAUCUAAUGAUGUUCUUUGAGGUUGGUGAUUUGAUAGUUUUUAGGAGCUCUGCUUUAUUUUUUUAAAUGGAAGAAUUUCCCUAACAAUAAAGAAAGCACGGAAAUUUAUGAAGUUCAUGGACUGAAUGUUUGAAAGAUUGUUGCUGACGUCUAGGAUAGGUGUUGCUCAACGUACAUCUAAAGCUGCUUUUUAAUAUACUAUGCCAUUUAAUUUUUUUUCUGUUAUUAAUUUAGCAAAACCUUUUAAUCAGAAAUCUUGCUUGAAUGCUUUGGGGUUUGACUAAAGAUCAUCCUUACCUACUUUUCAGGAAGCUUACAUCUUCAAAGAGUCAUGAAUUCAAAUAAUUUUUGAUGAAGGUAUCGAAGGUUAAGAUAAUAAAAUGCUUGCGUGAGUAUCAUCUAUUGAGUCUGCUUCAACCAAUGUACGAUCUCGUUUUUUUUUAACUUUCAAUAAUUCCACCAGCACGGAAGGUGUCUUAUGCUUAUGGGAGAGAUAUCCUUUUUAAAUUUGUUAACUUUGUGCUUACGAUGGAAAUCACAGUGUGAAAUUAUUGAGUACUAGGAGUAAACAUGUUAGAGCAUAUUCAUUUUGUGGGAUUGAUCUACUAAGAAUCAAAUCCUUUAAACUUAGAUGAUAUACUGUAUAUUACAGUGAUUGAGAUCUAGUUGUAAAGUAUUUUGAAAGUGCUCUCUGGAUUCUACCACAUACAUAAGGACAUCAAACAUUAUUAAAUUCGUAUUACUUACAACCAAUUACACGAAUUUUGCGUAUUGUCUUCCUAUGUUUCAAAGGAAACAUAACUUUCAUUCAUGCGCUUUGUUUAUGUAAUUUUAUAUGAUAUCGUAGGAUCAUGUUUAGGUCUAAGCACAUUCAAGUAACUUCCUUCCAUUAAAUU